UCAGGGUGACACUGCACGUUCUAGUAAGUACAAAUACAAUACACAGAGAGAGACACACACACACACACACACACACACACACAGAUAGAUAGAUAGAUAGAGAGAGAGAGAGAGAGAGAGAGAGAGAGAGAGAGAGAGAGAGAGAGAGAGAGAGACCGUUGAAGACGCACUUCAGUAUAAAACCGUACUGGUUGAGCCUGCAAGCUUUCUCUUCCCUGUGUGUUUUUUUCCACUCACCAAAUAGAUCCACUCGCCUCUAAGAAAAUGGUGAACUUCACCGUGGACCAGAUCCGCGCCAUCAUGGACAAGAAGUCCAACAUCCGGAACAUGUCCGUCAUCGCGCACGUGGACCACGGAAAGUCCACGCUGACGGACUCUCUGGUGUCCAAGGCCGGAAUCAUCGCCUCUGCGCGCGCGGGGGAGACGCGCUUCACGGACACGCGCAAAGACGAGCAGGAACGCUGCAUUACCAUCAAAUCCACGGCGAUCUCCAUGUACUACGAGCUGAGCGAGAACGACCUGGCCUUCAUCAAACAGGGCAAAGAGGGCCCCGGCUUCCUCAUCAACCUCAUCGACUCCCCCGGGCACGUGGACUUCUCCUCCGAGGUCACGGCCGCCCUGCGGGUCACCGACGGGGCCCUGGUGGUCGUGGACUGCGUUUCGGGCGUGAGCGUGCAGACGGAGACGGUCCUCCGGCAGGCCAUCGCCGAGCGCAUCAAGCCCGUCCUGAUGAUGAACAAGCUGGACCGCGCCCUGCUGGAGCUGCAGCUGGCGCCCGAGGAGCUGUUCCAGACCUUCCAGCGCAUCCUGGAGAACGUCAACGUCAUCAUCUCCACCUACGGCGAGGACGAGACCGGGCCCAUGGGCGGCAUCAUGAUGGACCCGGUCGUGGGCACGGUGGGGUUUGGGUCCGGCCUGCACGGCUGGGCCUUCACGCUGAAGCAGUUUGCUGAGAUGUACGUCAGCAAGUUCAGCGCCAAGGGCGACGCCCAGCUGGGGCCCGCGGAACACUGCCAGAGGGUGGAGGACAUGAUGAAGAAGCUCUGGGGAGACAGGUUUUUUGAUCCGGCUUCCGGAAAGUUCAGCAAGUCCCCGACCGGCCCUGGCGGGAAGAAGCUGCCCCGUACUUUCGUCCAGCUAGUCCUGGACCCCAUCUUCAAGGUGUUUGACGCCAUCAUGAGCUUCAGGAAGGAGGAGGCGGCGCGGCUGAUGGAGAAGCUGGGCGUGCGGCUGGAUGGCGAGGACCGGGAGAAGGAGGGCAAGCCCCUGCUGAAGGCCGUGAUGCGUCGCUGGCUCCCCGCGGGCGAGGCCCUGCUCCAGAUGAUCACCAUCCACCUGCCCUCCCCCGUCACCGCCCAGCGCUACCGCUGCGAGCUGCUGUACGAGGGGCCCGGGGACGACGAGGCCGCCAUGGGCAUUAAGAACUGCGACCCCAAGGCCCCGCUGAUCAUGUACAUUUCCAAGAUGGUGCCCACCACGGACAAGGGCCGCUUCUACGCCUUCGGAAGGGUGUUCUCCGGCUGCGUCUCCACCGGCCUGAAGGUGCGCAUCAUGGGGCCAAACUUCACCCCCGGGAAGAAGGAGGACCUGUACGUCAAACCCAUUCAGAGGACCAUCCUGAUGAUGGGGCGCUACGUGGAGCCCAUCGAGGACGUGCCGUGCGGGAACAUCGUGGGCCUGGUGGGCGUGGACCAGUACCUGGUGAAGACCGGCACCAUCACCACCUACGAGCAGGCCCACAACAUGAGGGUGAUGAAGUUCAGCGUCAGCCCCGUGGUGAGGGUGGCGGUGGAGGCCAAGAACCCGGCCGACCUGCCCAAGCUGGUGGAGGGCCUGAAGCGGCUGGCCAAGUCGGACCCCAUGGUGCAGUGCUUCAUCGAGGAGUCGGGCGAGCACAUCGUCGCCGGCGCCGGGGAGCUGCACCUGGAGAUCUGCCUGAAGGACCUGGAGGAAGACCACGCCUGCAUCCCAAUCAAGAAAUCUGACCCCGUGGUGUCGUACCGAGAGACGGUGAGCGAGGAGUCCAGCCAGGUCUGCCUGGCCAAGUCCAACAACAAGCACAACCGGCUGUACAUGAGGGCGCGGCCCUUCCCCGACGGGCUGGCGGAGGACGUGGAGAAGGGCGGCGUGACAGCGCGGCAGGAGCCGAAGGCCCGCGCCCGCUACCUGGCCGACAGGUACGAGUGGGAGAUGAGCGAGGCCCGCAAGAUCUGGUGCUUCGGCCCCGACGGGACGGGACCCAACGUGCUGCUGGACGUCACCAAGGGGGUGCAGUACCUGACCGAGGUCAAGGACAGCGUGGUGGCUGGGUUCCAGUGGGCGACCAAGGAGGGGGCGCUCUGCGAGGAGAACAUGCGCGCCGUGCGCUUCGACAUCCACGACGUGACGCUGCACUCUGACUCCACCCACCGCGGGGGUGCGCAGAUCAUCCCCACCACCCGCAGGGUGCUGUACGCCUGCGAGCUCACCGCCCAGCCCCGCCUCAUGGAGCCCGUCUACCUGGUGGAGAUACAGUGCCCGGAGCACGUUGUGGGCGGGAUCUAUGGCGUGCUGAACAGGAAGCGCGGUCACGUGUUCGAGGAGACGCAGGUGAUGGGCACGCCCAUGUUCGUCGUCAAGGCCUACAUGCCUGUCAACGAGUCCUUCGGUUUCACAGCAGAACUGCGCUCCAGCACGGGCGGACAGGCCUUCCCGCAGUGCGUGUUCAACCACUGGCAGAUCCUCCAGGGAGACCCCUGGGACCCCGCCUCCAAGCCCGCUGCGGUCGUCAGGGAAACCAGGAAACGCAAGGGUCUGAAGGAGGGCAUCCCGGCCCUGGAGAACUACCUGGACAAACUGUAACCUGUCACAUCACUUCCUCCUCCUCCUCUCCUCUCCUCCUCCACCCCACAAUACAGGGGGACAAGACCGUUACGGUCACACUGCGAGCACUGUUUAAACAAAGAAAAGAUUAAAGAAUUGGAAUAAAAACAGAAAAUGAAAAUACAUUUAACAAAUGCACUUGCCAAAUAUGGAAAGUCUGUCCAGAAACUGGACAAAAAUAUUAGACUAUAAAGCGUCAAUGAAGGACAAUAAAACGUGAUCACUGGGUUUGGAUCUGUAGGUGUGCGAUGGAUAGAAUAGAGGAGGAGAAAGGCUGUAGAUUCACUGCACACUUCUUCCUUCAUAGUGGGAACGGGUCAAACACUUUGCACUUUGUUGGGUUUUUUCCCCAAUGCCCACAUUGUUUUUUACAGUUGUGUACAAAUAUUGCAUUUAAAUGUUUAAAAAUGUGAAUUGUGUGUAUGCAAGGUCCAGAAACAUACGGCCCUUCUUCUCCAUCCCUGUCCUAAAGGUUUAAAUACAGCCGUUUUUGACAUUCAGGGUUCGUCAUGUCGAGUUGGUGCAAAAUUCAUUAUUUUUUUGGUUAAGAAUUGUUCCAAAGCAUAGGUCAGGACUGAGAGAGCCGCAGGGUGUGCUGGCUUUUGUUGUUAGUCAGCCCUUAAUUGUAAUUAGCUGCUUUAAUUGAUCAAUUAACUCACCUCACCUGGGCUCUUGGGUCCGAAUUGGUUGCUGAUAUUAAUAAGGUGAAGAAUCCACAACCAGCAGACCCUGCAGCUCUCCGGGACCAGGAGUGAGGACCACUGGUGAGAACCACGCACUGAGAGUGUUGACUGCUCUCCGUAGUCUUUUGGGUUUUUCUCCAGGUUGUCCAUCUUGGGUUUUUAAUGCAAGAAUGUCGACGAGGUUACAGAUUUAAAGUUCCUACAAAUAAAGAUUUCUCUCUCCUCAAAA